AUGGAGGAUGCACCUGUGUUGACAAUGGUGGGAGUUAUACAGGCUUCAGAUAAAGAUGGAGAUAAACUCAUAUACUCCUUUGCUACAGCUAAUACUGAAUUUUCCUUGGAUUCCGACACAGGACUAUUAACCUUAAAAUCAUCACUGAUAGAUAAGACAAGUAUAACAUUUACAGUGCAGGUGAAUGAUUCAAACAAGACAGGUACAGCUACAGUAACAGUGGAUGUAAUAGAUGUCAACAAUCACCCACCAAAGUUUAUUUCUCCAGUCUAUACCAAAACUUUAUCUGAGAAUGUUGAUGCUGAUGUUGUAACUACAGUGAAGGCUACAGAUGCAGAUAAUAGUCCUGAAAACAGAAAUAUAUCCUACCUUAUAGAAAGUGCAUGGAGACAAAAUUUCACCAUUGAUGCUGAAAAUGGUAUAAUAAAAGUAAAAGGUCACCUUGACAUGGAAGUAUUAAGUGACAGAGGUUUGAUUUCAUUUGCUGUCAUGGCAACAGAUCAAGGUAACCCACCCUUGACAGGUACUUCAACAGUUAGUGUAACUGUCACAGACAAGAAUGAUAACUGUCCAUAUUAUGAUGACAAGGAUAAAGAAGUCACUUAUGUAUUUGAAGAAUAUGCAAAACCACAAAAAUUCCAUGAUUUUAUGGCCAAAGACGAUGAUAAAACUCAGGCAAACAGAAACUGUUUCUAUGUUCUUGGAGCAUUAAAAGACUUAGAUCUGACCUAUGCAGCUGUUCAGGAUAGUCAAAAAAAUGUUUUACAUGUUGACCUAAGUGCUAUUGCACCCUUUAGAAUACAUGGCAAAGUUAAACAAGUCAAUUAUCUGAAGUUUCUUGCAUACAAUUUUCCAAAUAACUGCACUGGAAAAUUUAAAACAGCUAGUCAGGAAGUGAAAAUAAUAAUUCAGGAUGUCAAUGAUUACAGUCCUAGGUUUAAUUCCAGUAAAUAUUUAUUCACUGUAGAAGAAGAUGCUUAUCAAAGAAAUCACAUAAAAGUUGGCAGUGUUCAUGCAUUUGAUGAGGAUGCUACUGUAGAGUAUAAUACAGUUCAUUAUGGUAUCAGUAAAGGGAAUAGUCAAGGAAAUUUUCACAUUGACAAACUAAAUGGUGAUAUACUCUUAGUGAAGAAGCUGGAUUAUGAAACAGAACAAAACUAUACAUUGAUGUUUGCUCAGAAACUAUUGAAUAGAAUGACUUAA